AAAGAACCCACCUAAAGCACAUAUUUCCUGGGCUCUAAAAAAAUGGCUGACCCUGUUCCAUUUUACUUACAGCCGUAUGUGGAGAAUGAUAGGAAUGAAAAGUUCCAGUGGUUAACGUAUGGUGUCGUGUUAAUAGCCUUUGGUCUUCACGGAAUAAUUUUCCACUGGAUCCCGAUAUACUUGAGAAAACAACGAUCCGAAUCCUCCAACAUCACCCCAAGAUACUUUACUUUCUUGAGAGGGUGGGAGCUACUCAAUGUUUCCCACAAGUUCACCAUUCCUUUAUUGGGGUCUUUCUACAUCCAGCCAAGCAUGUUCCUUUUAUUUGCAGCCUACUUGGCAAUUAUGGGUGUAUUCUCUAUGUCACAAGUGAGCGACAUAACUUACCUUCCUCGAUUAUAUGUUGUUGCAAAGAGAAUCAGUAAAGUGUCACUUUCGAACUUGCCUUUAAUUUACGUCAUGAUCAUCAAAAAUGAUUUGGUGACCUCCCUCACUGGGAUCAAACAUGAUAAAUUAUUGUUCUUCCACAAAUGGUUCUCCAGAACCAUGUUUACGAUGAUCUCCAUUCAUGUGGUGCUUGCUUCAAGAUACUGGUUGCAUUUGGGAUUCCCCGUCAUGUUGGUUAUCCCUCCUCAAAUCUUCGGUUUUAUUGCCUUUGGAUCAUUUUUCUUAUUGAACUUCGCCAGUUUCAAGUUUAUUCGGAGGUGGGCCUACGACUUCUUCUUGGUUCAACACAGAGUAUUCUCAUUCAUUAUGUUGUUGUUUGUUCUUUUCCACAACUCUACUAACACCACUGGCGCAGUUGUGUUGUCUGUCCAUCAGUUGGUUAUCGACAAUAUACUAUGUCGUAUCAUCGCCUUUGUACAUACAAGACAGUCUCCUACCAAAGGAAAGUCCACUUUUGAGAUCUUGGAUGAAGAUACAGUGUUGGUUACGGUCAAGUUGAAUGCUUUCCCAUACCUGGAGAUGAAAUGGUGGAGAAGGUUCUUGCCAAAAUGGAAUACUUGGAAAGCGGGUCAACACGUAUACUUGACGGUACCUAAGGUCAAGUGGUUUCAGAAGCAUCCUUUCACCAUCGCCAGUAUCAGUGAGAGUGGUGAAAUGAAAUUCGUUAUUCGCGUGCAAAAGGGUUUCACCAAGAAGUUGAGAAAUAAGAUUCUUAGCAAGGGCGCCCCAGCAGUAGAUCAUGAGAAGAACGAAGAAAAUGAAGACGAUGAUGUGGUUUUGAAGGCCACUUUUGCAGGUCCUUUUGGGGCCCAAUAUCAGCCCUUAAUCACCUUUGAUUCUGUUCUUUUCUUUGGUGCUGGUUCAGGUGCUGCCUUCUCAUUUCCGGUUUGUCUUGAUUUGUUGAACACUAUCCAAAGAAGAAAUAGCGUUCAUGACUACUUCGGUAGAAACCCUCUGCCCCUUAUCAAAUUGGUAUGGGCUAUCAAGAAGAGUGCCAACGUUUGCUGGUUCCGCUUCGUCCUUGAUGAAUUGGCCCAAUAUUGUCAAGAAGGUCUUCUUUCCAUUGACGUAUAUGUCACUCAAGAAAAAGAUAGAGAACUCUACGAUAUUAGCGAAGGUAUCCUGGUCUCACAAACCGGGUCUUCGGUUACCAUUUAUGACGUCCCCAAUGUGAAGUUCCAUUAUUCUCGACCUAACAUAGACGGAGUGAUAAAGCACCAUGUGGAUCACUUGAAGGAUGGUACGAAUUUCAGAUCAAUGGCGGUGGUGAGUUGCGGACCUCUUGCUUUCAACCACACCAUUGAAAAGGAAUGCCAAAAACAAAGAUGGGAUAUGGAAGCCCCUGAUAUUUAUUGUUAUACUGAAUCAUUUGGUUAGUUUAGAUGUACAUAAUUAUUUAUUGGAUUUUAUCACAGCAGUCCUAUUAUGGAGGUAUUCUACUUACAGCCACCUAAUUCGCAGUCGCGGCAAUAGAACCAGCAUAAAAUACAUAUUUACCAACAUAAGUGAGUUUUCAAUUCAAACACCUAUAUAAGUAUAAAGUCUAACACUUAAGCCAUAUUUUGGCACGAACUUUCAAGACCAAGCAGCCAGAUUAGAAGAAGAACCCAAUGAAAGAAACAACCAAGACCAUGAAAGUGACAGGUUUGGACGCAGCGGCUUGGCCUUCGAAAGUCGAAACCGCACCAGCACUUUCUGCAGCAACGGUCUGUUUGGCACCAGAGGUGGCACCAGAGGUGGUACCAGAGGUGGUACCAGAAGUAGCUCUGGCUGGGUGGUGGUCUCAGUAAUUGGGCAGUAAGUGGUGUAAGUGGUGGUUUCUUCAGUGACAACGGUGACUCCAUGGUUACAGGAACCUCACUACACUUGUUUUCAGUACAUGAUGUCACAGUGAUAACUGUAGUUUUGUAGUCACCAUAUGUAGAAGUGUAAGUGGUUGGAUUACCGCUAGCAUCGGUAGUAACAAACACUUCGCA